CACGCACACACUUUUGGUAACUUCGCACUGGACAUCUAACGUAAUGUGGCGUUCAUUCAGCAAUUGAAUACCGAAAGGACGGAGUUAAUUAACUUUGUUUUCCAAUGUGAACAGCAUCUUCUGAAUACGCGGAGAAUUAGUUAAGAGAAAGAGCGAAUCAACUUUCUUUUUCCAACGUGAAAUUCAUCUUCUGGUUAAAUGUUCGAGGAAAGCUAAUCAAGACACAAAAAGGAAAUUAAAGUGCAAUGACGGUGACAGAAUGAUCUCGAGUCAAAUUUGAUACUCUACCUCACAUCAAGUAUGGGGCGAAGAUUAACCCCUAGAAAAAUUAUCAAUUAUAUUGUUUUUGUUGUUGUUGCCGUCAUGGCGUAUAAAGUGUUCUUUCAGAGUGACAAGGAAAAAGAUUUUGAUUCAGAAGAGUAUAAUCCAAAGAAGACAAAGAAUGAAUUCAAUGAUGACUUCAUUGAACUGCACAGGCCAAAGGGUAAAGGUCGCAGUGACGAUCACAGAGAAAAGGUCAAGGCCGUUAAAGACCCAGAUGAAUUGGACGAUGACGUUGAUGACGUCAAAAAGAAACAAAGAGACGAGACGGAUAACCUUAUAAAGAAAAAAGACAGAGGAAAUAAACAUGAGACGAAAGAUAAAAUUAACAAAUAUAAGGACCGUGCUGACACAGCGAGAAAUCACGAUUCUAAAAAUCAAAAACACAGUGUUCAUGAAGUCGAUCAAAGAGAUGAUCACAAAAUGGCGGAGCCUGUGAAAAAGAAAGCUGACGAAAAUGUGAAGGUCAGGGUCACUGAAGCUGUUGCUAAGGUCGAUGACGUCAAGCAGCCAAAAGACGACAGAAAACAGUUGCUAGAAGACGAGGACCGUCUGAGAGCCGAGCGACUGAAGAAGCUUCGCAAGGGCAGCGGCGAGUUUGACCUUGACGGUGAUGACAUGCAGACUUCGAAGGAAAAGAACGCGCGACGCAAGGCCUUCUUCAAGUCGCUCAGCGAGGUGCACGAGCAAUUCGACGAGGACGCCGAGGACGACCACUUCCACGAACGUGACGACGACCUCGCCAUCACCACGGCGGUGUGGAGCGACAACUACUUCGGCGCCCUGCAGCUCGUCGACAGCGUGCAGCGCCACCUGCCCAGGGUCGAGAUCGGCCUGUUUGAUCUUGGCCUCACUUCAGAGCAGAGACAGAAGCUGGAGAGUCUGUGUAAGGUCAAAGUUCACAGAACUCUACUCAUGCAUAUGCCGGAUCAUAUGCAGGAUCUGUCGCGAAACCUGUGGAGACCGUUUGUGCUUCAGAUGGCGCUUGGAACGUACGGUCACGUGAUAUAUAUUUCGCCCGAAAGGAAACUAAAAUCAAUAAAAGAUUUCAAGGGAUUUGUUGCCCAGUCGCGUAUCGGCGGAGUGUCGAUCGUCGGUCGAAGAAGAGAUUACUCGACGUACGUCGUCACCCACCCCGACAUGUACCACUACUUCAACACCGACAUCAAGAACCUACAGCGGACGAAGCACGUGGAGAUAUCCAUGAUCAUUCUCCACAACACAGUGCAGGUCCGGAUGAAGUUCAUGCGCUGGCUGUACGGCUGCGCGGUGGAGGAGUGGUGUAUCGCUCCACCGGGCUCGCACACGAAGUGCGACCACAGAUUGCACGCCAACUCGAGACUGUGGGCCAACUGCCACCGCUACGACGAAUCGGCCAUUAACAUUUUACUGGCGAGUUGGCACAAUUACCAAACGAAACACUACAUCCGGCGUGACACGAUCACAGCACACUACGACGGUCGCGACGUCUCUCGUAAAUUAAAGUACUGUGACUCGGCUAGACAGAUAGGAGAUUUAUAACAAAAAUACAUUUAAAUUCAAUUUACAAUCGUAAAAUUUAAAAAAUUGUUUUGUUUAACGACACCACUAGAGCACAUUGAUUUAUUAUUCACCGGCUAUUGGAUGUCAAAUAUUUGGUGAUUUUUACAUAUAGUCUUAGAGAGGAAACCCGCUAAAAAAAAUUCCAUUAGUAGCAAGGGAUGUUUUAUAUGAACCAGCCCAGUGACAGGAUAGCUCAUACCACACACAGGACAAUGGUAAAAAUCCAUAGCCUUGGCCAGGCACGGAUCCAGGAUUUUUUAAAUAGAGGGGGCCCAAAACCCGGUGUUGUUUUGGAAAUUUAGAAUGUAAAUGCGUACGCGAUAAGUUUGCAUUUUGUGUGUAUUCUGUAAGAUAUAUUGUUUGACGAAAGAUAGGGGGCCCGGGCCCCUUGGGCCCCGCCUGAAUCCGCUCCUGAUAGUUACGCUCUAAUCCUGGCAUGUUAAGAAAAUCACCACAGUAAUUAACACUGGUAAUAAGGCCACAGCAGAAAAUAUGUCGUGGGAAAAAUAGCCUCCACGGCGUUCUUGAGGUGAAUAUGUAAGGUGUGAGUUUAAUUUGUCAGUAUUAC